GUUUAAACAAAACAUAAUUAACACAAACGAAAAUAAUUAAAGUUUAUUAUUGUUGAAAUUAAAACGCAACCACAAUAAAUACGCGUGUGUUUAAAUACUGGAAAACACAGAUAAGAUAAAUUAUAUACAACACGCACACAAAAACAAAAAUUAUAUACAUUGAUAAAAAACAAAUCAAUACAACAACGUCAAAAAAUAAGAAUAAAAAGCUAAUCAAAAAUCAAAGGAACAUACAAAAAAGUAUAUAUCCUAUAUCCAACUGAGAGCAACUCAAGUGCAAACAAGAAAAAAAAACGCAAAAUCAAAAGUGUAAAAAAAAAAAUUGAAGUAGAAAACAAUUGAGCUAAAUAAAUUAGAAAAGAAAAACUUAAGAAAAAAUCAAAAAGAAAAUACGAAUAAGCAAAAAGAGAUUUCUCAAAUUGUUAUUUUCUCGCAAAGGCGCAACGUUCAAGAGCAAAUCGUUCCAUAUGGUUCAUAUUAUUGAAUUGGUCGGCCAGCCGAAGGUUGAGUUUGCUCAACAAGUUACUGUAAGUUGCCAUCAUCCAUUAAUACCACCAGUCAUCAAAUUAAUGAACCGUGCUUUACAGCUGAAGCCAGCUGAAAAUGAAAGUCGCAGCGAGCAUUUAGAUCGCAAGCUGUUCGUUGGCAUGCUCAGCAAACAACAAACCGAAGAUGAUGUUAGACAAAUUUUUCAUCCAUUUGGCACUAUAGAGGAGUGCACCAUAUUGCGGGGCCCGGACGGUGCUAGUAAAGGCUGCGCUUUCGUUAAAUUUGGUUCGCAACAGGAGGCUCAGUCAGCUAUAAGCAACUUACACGGAAGUCAAACUAUGCCGGGUGCAUCCUCCAGCCUGGUUGUCAAAUACGCCGACACGGAGAAGGAGCGACAAAUAAGACGCAUGCAGCAAAUGGCCGGUCAUAUGAACCUAUUGAAUCCUUUUGUCUUUAAUCAAUUUGGACCAUACGGCGCCUACGCACAGCAACAACAGCAAGCGGCUCUGAUGGCCGCCGCGGCCACAGCACCUGGCUCGGCAGCUGCCUACAUGAAUCCAAUGGCCGCAUUGGCAACUCAAAUACCUCAUGGCCUAAAUGGCACCGGACAGCCGCCGUCUCUGCCAUCGCCGACGAUGCCCAACUUCAACAUGGGCGCCAAUACGCCCAAUGGUCAACCAGGUGGCGCCGCAGCAGCCGCUGCUGCCGCUUCAGUUGCGGAUGGUGUCUUCACGAAUGGCAUUCCACAAACGGCAUUCCCACAUCCGCUGCAUCUGACCAUACCACCACAAGGUUUGCCAAAUGGCGAUGCUGCUGCACUGCAACAUGCCUUCCCUGGUUUGCCACCAUUUCCAGGAGUUGCCUUUCCCGCCGUCUAUGGACAGUUUCCACAAGCUUUACCACCUCCCCUAGCGGCGGUUGCACCCACUCAGCGUGAAGAUUUUCUGAUGUUCCCAGGAUGCUCUAUAUCUGGUCCGGAGGGCUGCAAUCUAUUCAUCUAUCAUUUGCCGCAAGAGUUUGGUGAUGCAGAGUUAAUGCAAAUGUUCCUGCCAUUUGGCAAUGUGAUCAGCUCCAAGGUCUUCAUCGAUCGUGCUACCAAUCAGAGCAAAUGUUUCGGUUUUGUUUCAUUUGAUAACCCCACCAGCGCUCAAGCGGCCAUUCAGGCCAUGAAUGGCUUCCAGAUUGGCAUGAAAAGACUGAAAGUUCAAUUGAAGCGGCCAAAGGAUGCCAGUCGACCUUAUUAACAAUCGGAGUUCCUCAAGCGUAACUUACAUCAACAACAACAACAACAACAACAACAAUUACAACAUAAUGCGACAACAACUACAGCUUCAGUAGCAACAAGAGGCGAACCGACAGCAGCAACAACAACUACAACUAAUCUUUGCAACAGAUUUAGGCCACAAUUAACCAACGAUCGUAACACAAAUUCUAAUUCAAUACCCUACACUUUUGCCAGUUGGCGCAGCGGUACCUAUUGUUAUCGCUAUAGCGCCAAUAGCAAUAGUAACAACAGCAUCAGCAAUAAUAACAACACUAACAACAUAAGCAGCGGCAACAACAACCACAACAACAGCAACAACAUUAACUUCAACAUCAGAAGCGACAACAAUAAUUCGUACACGAAUGAAAAUAAUAACUAUUCCAAAGUUGAGCUGGUCGAAAAACUGUUCUUGUGGCAACAACAAAAGCGAAAAGUUUAGCAGCAACAACAAAAGAACCAUCAUGAAUCAACUUUUUAAAGGAUGAACUUCAGCAAUGGAAAGCGAAACUAAGUCCCAGCAUUAAAAUUAUACACAUAUCCAUAUUUAUGGAUGAACAAAAAACACUAAAAAAUGGUAAACAAAAAAUGUAUUAAAAAAAA